AUGAGGUGCGUGAAUCUGACGAUACUGCUGCUUCACCCAAGAGAGGUGAACGCUGACGAGACGACGCCGCCGGAGGAACCCAGCGACAUAUGCAAGAACCAGCGCAGGCCUCCAGCAGGCAACGAGGCGCUGCCGAGGGGCAUCGUGCAGGACAAGUCCAACUUCGAGUUCGAGUCCCUGGGCCGCAACCCUGAGCUGGAGGAGCCCCCGCCGGCGAAGAGUCUCCUUGCGAUCCCCGUCGGCAUCAAGCAGAAGGCCGUGGUCGACAAGCUCGUCUCCAAGUUCCCGGCGGCGAAUUUCACGUUAAUGCUAUUCCACUAUGACGGCGUGGUGGAGGGAUGGAGCGACCUGCCGUGGUCGCGGCGGGCGGUGCACGUGGCGGCGGCGGACCAGACCAAGUGGUGGUUCGGCAAGCGGUUCCUGCACCCGGACCUCGUCGCCGAAUACGACUACAUCUUCCUCUGGGACGAGGACAUCGAGGUGGACAACUUCGACCCCCUCAGGUACCUCGACAUCGUCAGGAAAGAAGGGCUCGAGAUCUCGCAGCCGGGGCUCGACCGCCGGUCGAAGAUCCACCACGGGCUCACGGCCCGCGCGCGGCGGGGCGGGGCCGUGCACCGGCGGUUCUACAAGACGGCGGGGGGCGGGCGGUGCUACGGCAACAGCACGGGGCCGCCGUGCACGGGGUGGGUGGAGAUGAUGGUGCCGGUGUUCUCGCGGGCGGCGUGGCGGUGCGCGUGGCGGAUGAUCCAGAACGACCUUGUUUUUGCAUGGGGUCUCGACUUCAAGCUCGGCUACUGCGCGCAGGGGGACCGGACCAUGAACGUCGGGAUCGUGGACAGCGAGUACGUCCUCCACCGCGGCAUCACCACGCUCGGCGACGCUGGCGACGGCAACACGGUGACGGCGGCGGCGAGCAGGUCCGCGUUGAGGCAGCGGUCGUCCACGGAGAUGCUGAUAUUCAACAGGAGGUGGAAUGACGCGGUGGCGGAGGACGAGUGCUGGACCGACCCUUACCCGGAGCCGCCGACGGCUACGACCAAGGACUGACAGAUUGUGAUCGGCCGAGCGAUGGCCUUUUGCGUUUGCUUACAUGAUAUAUUGAUAUAGAUGCAUCACAAUCAUGUACAGGUCUAGCUAGAGAGAGCAAUUCCAGUGAAUCAUCCCGCCUCCCUUUCGCCUCGCGCAAUGGUCAUCAAGUUAUAGAAGUAACACGGAAUUUGCACUGCAGAAGUAACCAUUUCCUCAUGGCACUCCUUGACUACAAAAAACAUGCAAGGGCAAGAGUGAUGAUAUUAAUUUGGGACAAUUCACAGCAUGCUCAAUUGCAGCGAAAGAGGAUAAUUCACAGCAUGUUCAAUUGGAGUGAAAGCACAUGUAUAAAAGGAAGACCAGAGCCCCGAAAGAAGGGAUUCGACCUCUGGAGAUUUGGCCAAGGUAGAGAGUAUUCUCAG